UUAAUUCCUUUCCUGUCUGCAAAGCAUUCCGUGUAUUGCGAUUUCGGUAGAGAGGCGAGGAAUGGAGGGGAAAGUACUCUGGGGGCGACUGAAUUCCGAAGUGCCCACUGCUCUUUCCCAUGCCAACCAUAGAGAGCCAAAAUAGAGCGCAGGCGCCUCUUGCAGUCCCGGGAGUUUGCGCCAUGUGACAGUCUUGAAGCCAAUGCAGUGGCAGGACGCCGGUCUGUCCCGGAACUGCAAGCCGGCCGCGCCGUUUCGUGAGCCUGGGAAGGGAGGAUGGCGGGAGCGGUGCGGUGUCGCCUCGUUUCGCUCGCCCGUUGCGCGCGUCCAGCGCUUCCGCCGCGUGGCUCCCCGGGCUGCUGUCCUGUGCGGUCCCUGGUCACUCCCCGAGUCAGGGGGUGGCAGAAGGGCUUCAAGAAACCUGGGCCAGUAACUUGGAAGAGUUUAGCAGUCUCGGCUGUGAUUGGAGGAGGGUUGCUAGGAGUAAUGAAAUACGUGAAGAAAGAGAAAGAAGCAGCACUGGAGAAAGAGAGUACCCGAUCCAUUGGAAAGCCUUUGUUAGGAGGCCCUUUCUCACUUGUUGAUCACCACGGACAACCCAAAUCAGAUCAUGAUUAUCUGGGCCAGUGGGUUUUAAUCUAUUUUGGUUUUACACAUUGCCCUGACAUUUGCCCAGAAGAGCUGGAGAAAAUGAUGCUAGCAGUGGAUGAAGUUGAUGGAAUCGCAUCUUUGCCUAAUGUCACUCCACUCUUCAUCACCAUUGAUCCAGAGAGGGACAAUGAAGAGGCCAUUGCCAAAUAUGUUAAAGAGUUUUCACCAAAGUUGAUCGGAUUGACUGGUACGAAAGAACAGGUUGAUCAAGUGGCUCGAGCCUAUCGCGUCUAUUACAGCCCAGGUCCCAGAGAUGAGGAUAACGAUUACAUCGUGGAUCACACUAUCAUAAUGUACCUUGUUGGGCCUGAUGGGAAAUUUGUUGAUUAUUUUGGCCAAAACAAGAAUAACAUUGAAAUUGCUUCUUCCAUCCUAAAGCACAUGAAACAAUACAAGAAGGAAUAAGGGACUAAGGUUUCUGACUGUCAGGCAAGCACGCCUGCUACUAUACAUCUAAAAUGCAUAAUGGUGAACAGUUGUUAAAUGAAUGGUCAUAAGUCGAGGACUACCUGCAAUCAUGGGUCCCUACUUUACUCUUAACUGAUGGGGAAAGCUUGGUUCCAGGGAAGCCUGCCUUUCAUCAAGCACAGCAGCUCAAAAAAGCAAUUGUGUAGAGGGUUUUUCCCCCCUUUCUUAUAUAGGGGGGAAAUGCAGCUUGUAACAUUAAUUGGAGGAACUACUGUGCAGGUAGUCUGCUGUGGCAUCUUCUUUGUGCAGCUGAAUUUACUAAACCUAUACUACAGACUAAGACUCAAUUCCAAAGAGAAGCUGGAUGUCUUUCAUGGGUGGUAUUUUGUCUAGAUACUUUUCUCUGGAUAUGCCUCAGCCGUACAAUGGCUUGUUCGUGCAGAUUUCCCCAAGAGAACGCCAUCCGUGCCGAACGUAAGCCACAAUUGCUCUCGUCAUUAGAAGCGUGCGUUCUUGUUGAAGAGACCCCUGCUGAACUGAACAGCACUGAAGUUAACCACUGGGAUUUGCCUGCUCUCAAGUUUUACGAGUGACUCCUCGGAAGCGUGGUUUCAGGUCCUUUCUCAACCAACAUUUCCAGACAAAUAUCGAGCGUCGCUUUUUGUUUUUGAAAUAAUUGGUACAGUUUACUAUAUGGCUGCUACUGAGCAACAUGGUAGGACGGGAACCUUAACUCUUUUUAUGAAGUGGGAUAAUUGAUCAGAUAAAUCAAAUGUGGGGCACAGAUGAUGAAAUAAAGUGAAAGAAACUUAAAA